CUUGACACCGGUGCCGCCGACUGGUCCUGCUGAACUUCACCGACCAGGAUCUCACGUCGAUGAUUUCAAAUUGUCUGUUUGUCAGCCAUGGAGCGUAAAGUUGCCCGGGAAUUUAGGCACAAGGUGGAGCUGCUGCUGGACAAUGAAGCAGAGAAGGAUUACCUCUACGAUGUCCUCCGCAUGUAUCACCAGUCGAUGGAUCUGCCAGUGCUGGUUGGGGACCUGAAGCUGGUCAUCAACGACCCAAAGCGCUUGCCCCUGUUCGAUGCCAUCCGCCCCCUGAUCCCGCUCAAACACCAGGUGGAGUACGACCUCCUCACCCCCAAGAGGUCCCGGAAACUGAAAGAGGUGCGCCUGGACCGAACACACCCCGACGGGUUGGGUCUGAGUGUCCGAGGCGGGUUGGAGUUCGGCUGCGGACUCUUUAUAUCACAGAUUGUCAAAGACGGUCAGGCCGGGAACGUCGGGCUCCAGGUUGGCGACGAGAUUGUGCGUAUCAAUGGAUACUCCAUCUCCUCCUGCAUCCACGAGGAAGUCAUCAGUCUCAUCAAGACGAAGAAGACUGUGUCCCUCAAAGUCAGGCACGUGGGGAUGAUUCCAGUGAAGAGCUCUUCAGAUGAACCGCUCAAGUGGCAGUUUGUGGAUCAGUUUGUGUCCGAGUCAGGGGAGAAAAAGAGCAGCGUGGCAGGCCUUGCAUCCUUCGGAGGGAAGGAGAUCAAGGAGAAGAAGGUCUUCCUCAGCCUGGUCGGCACCAAGGGAAUGGGCAUCAGCAUCUCCAGCGGUCCGACCCAGAAACCCGGCAUCUACAUCAGCAACGUCAAGCCAGGCUCCCUCUCUGCUGAAGUUGGACUCGAGGUGGGAGACCAGAUUGUGGAGGUGAACAAGGUGGAUUUCACCAAUGUGGACCACAAAGAGGCUGUGAGAGUCCUGAAGAGCAGCAGAAGUCUCACCAUUACUGUUCUGACAGGGGCUGGCAGUGAGCUGUUCAUGACAGAUGAGGAGCGUCUGGCCGUGGAGGCUCGCCGGGAGCUGGACAGACAGGAGCUGAUGCACCAGAAGAAGGUGGCACUGGAGACCAACAAAAUCAUCAAAGAGCAGCAGGAGAAGGAGAGGCAGAGAAAGAUGGAAAUCUCUCAGAAAACUGCUGAGGAGGAGGAGCGCUACCGAAAGGAGAUGGAGAAGAUUGAGGCCGCGGAGAGGAAGCACAAUAGAGAGUGGGAGGAAGACUGGGGAGUCAGAGACCGGCCUAAGAGCCCUCAAACCCCAAAGAGCCCGUCUCCUGCCCCGCCAGAGAGAAAAUCCACUCCGUCCCCCAAGCCCAAAAGCUCUCCCAGCGGAGCCAGCUUUUUCCCAGAGGACGAUGAGGAGGAAGAGCAGGGGAGAGAAGGAUUUCAGAAAUACGUGGACGACUUUGAUCCACACUCGAUGUUCUCCACUGAGCAGAUUGCUGGGCGAGAAGUGAGGCUAUUGAGAAUCAAAAAGGCUGGAAAACUCGACCUGGCUCUGGAGGGGGGCGUCGACUCUCCUUUGGGAAAGCUGGUGGUGUCUUCCGUGUACGAGGGGGGAGCUGCAGACAAACACGGUGGCAUUGUACCCGGGGACGAGGUCAUGGCUGUGAAUGGGAAGAUCCUAAUCGACGCUUCAUUGUCUGAGGGACAAAACUCUCUGGCCCGAGCCUGGAACAGUGGAGGGGACUGGAUCGAUCUUGUGAUAGCAGUGUCCCCUCCAAAAGACUAUGAAGAUGAGGUGACGUUCUUCUAGUCACCUCAGCAGCCUGCCAAAUAAACCGGACCAGAGGAAAGUUUUGAUUUCCGAUGAUUCCUUCAUCAUUUGCCAUGUUUGCCUCAAUCAUAAUUAAAUAAUGCUUCACUGUCCUCACCAUCAAAUCUUCAUGUAAACAAACACAUUCAAAAUGGUCCUGUUUUUACUUGUAUUGCAUUCUGCUCUUUGACCAAGAGCUUCCGGGCACUAGACUAUUGAAUCUCCUGUCAAUAUCAGUCUCAGCUCUGACCUGAUACCAUUUAGAUUUGCAUGGUGAUAAUAGUCUUUAAAGUGAGGGAAUGAAAAAUCCAUGGAUCUCACCCCGCAGUGUAACAAAGAGGUAAAACCGAAGGCCAGCUGUGACAGGUGGAGCACCCGUGUAAGAAAAUGCUUCUUCAAAGACCAAUAAAUGAUUCUUCACUCACAGUA